CUUCUAUUAAACCCUUCCCACCAACUUCCACUCCACUAACACCAUUUCACAAGAACCUCUCAAUUAUAUCGGACUCCAUUUUCCCUCUUAAUUCACAAAGAUCAUGGCCAAGGUUAAGAUUGGAAUCAAUGGUUUUGGAAGAAUUGGGCGAUUGGUUGCCAGGGUGGCACUCCAGAGAGAUGACGUUGAGCUCGUUGCUGUUAAUGACCCCUUCAUCUCCGUUGAAUACAUGACAUACAUGUUUAAGUAUGACAGUGUCCACGGCCAGUGGAAGAACCAUGAGCUCAAGGUUAAGGAUGAUAAGACUCUUCUCUUUGGUGAGAAGCCUGUUGCUGUAUUUGGCAUUAGAAACCCAGAGGAGAUUCCAUGGGCUGAGGCUGGAGCAGAGUACAUCGUGGAGUCAACAGGAGUCUUCACUGAUAAAGACAAGGCUGCUGCCCACUUGAAGGGUGGUGCUAAGAAAGUCAUCAUUUCUGCUCCUAGCAAGGAUGCUCCUAUGUUUGUUGUUGGCGUCAAUGAGAAGGAAUACAAGCCAGACCUCAACGUUGUUUCUAACGCUAGCUGUACCACUAACUGCCUCGCGCCUUUGGCAAAGGUUAUUCAUGACAGAUUUGGAAUUGUUGAGGGCCUUAUGACCACUGUCCACUCCAUGACUGCCACCCAGAAAACUGUUGAUGGACCAUCCGCCAAGGACUGGAGGGGUGGAAGGGCAGCAUCAUUCAACAUUAUUCCUAGCAGUACUGGAGCUGCUAAGGCCGUUGGAAAGGUGCUACCAUCAUUGAAUGGAAAGUUAACUGGAAUGGCUUUCCGAGUUCCAACUGUUGAUGUGUCCGUGGUUGAUCUCACAGUGAGAUUGGAGAAAGAAGCUACCUAUGAUGAAAUCAAGGCUGCUAUCAAGGAGGAGUCUGAAGGAAAAUUGAAGGGAAUUCUAGGUUACACUGAAGAUGAUGUGGUAUCAACAGACUUUAUUGGGGACAACAGAUCAAGCAUAUUUGAUGCCAAGGCUGGAAUCGCUUUGAGCAAGAACUUUGUGAAGCUUGUUUCUUGGUAUGACAACGAAAUGGGCUACAGCACUCGAGUGGUGGACUUGAUUAAGCACAUGGCAUCAGUCCAGUAAAGUGGCAGUUCCGAGCGUGGUGGUGUUUUUGGUGAUGUUUGCUAAGCAUAAUUAUUAGAGGGAAAAACAGUUUAGAAUAAACUAAAACGGGAAAAGCUGUUCUGCGAGUUUGAGGGGCUGUCUGUUUACCAUUGUAUUUUGAUUUGGGAUCUUAUGUUGGAUUGUGGUUUCCCCAAAUUUUCAGUUUUUCAUUGGAGUCUGUGUGCAGAACUCUGGAUAUGUUCUCUCUUGUUUUGUUUUGCUAUCAGUGUAUAAUUAUAUAUUGGACCCUCACA